GACAUGAAUAAAAUUUGGAAAAUAAAUUUAAUUUAAAUUGUUUUUCUUUUGUUUUUCCCAUACAAUAUUCAAGUAACUACAGCCGACUGAUCAAAAAGCAGGAAAAUGACGAGGAAUAUUCCAUAACUUUUUUCACAUUUGUACAAAAUGUUGUCUUUUUAUGUUAAGACCUUUCCUAGGAGUUUUCCUCUGUUUAACAAAAACAACUCAGGGAAAAAGAUAAGAGUGCCCAUGUGUUGUUUCUGACACCUGUUUGACUCUCUGUGAGUCGAUAAUCCAAAUACAACCCCACUGUAUAAAAACAAACCUGAGCCCUAACGUAGGCUUUUGACUGGACACAAUCAUGAGGAGGUUUGUUUUGCUCUUAUUCGUAGCAGCUUCUGCGUAUAGCUGUGGCGUUCCCACGGUACCCCCAGUGGUCAACAGAGUAGUUGCAGGUGAGGACGUUAAACCUCACAGUUGGCCCUGGCAGGUCUCACUGCAAUACGCCAGCAGUGGGCGCUGGAGGCACGUGUGUGGAGGAACACUCGUCUCCUCUAACUGGGUCCUGACCGCUGCUCAUUGUAUCAAUGAGCGCUACACCUACAGAGUGGAGUUGGGUAAACACAGUCUGAAGGCCAGUGAGGACGGUUCAGUUUCUCUCACGGCAGCAGAGAUCAUCACACAUGAGGACUACAACAUCUUUCUCAGCCGAAAUGACAUUGCCCUCAUCAAGUUAUCGUCCCCUGUCACCUUAUCGGACACCAUCUCACCUGCCUGUCUUCCAGAGGAGGAUGUCACUCUGGCCCAUGGUUCUCCCUGCUACGUCACUGGCUGGGGUCGACUCUACACUGACGGCCCUCUGGCUGACGUCCUGCAGCAGGGUCUUUUGCCAGUUGUUGGCCACGAUAUCUGCUCUCAGGACGACUGGUGGAGUGUCCUGGCAACGGACAAGAUGGUCUGUGCUGGUGGAGGUGGUAUCACAGCAGGUUGUAAUGGGGACUCUGGUGGACCUCUAAAUUGCCAGAACACAGAUGGAUCCUGGGACGUCCAUGGCGUUGUGAGCUUUGGCUCUGGUCAAGGUUGUAACGUUGUCCAGAAACCCACAGUCUUCACUAAAGUCAGCUCCUACAUCAGCUGGAUCAACACAGUCAUGACCAACUACUGAAAAAGAAUACUACCAGAGAACGACAGUGUUUUUUUCUCAAUUAUUCUUUGGCUGCAGUUUCUACACUUUCGAGGAUUAAAUACUUUAAAAACAGUAAAUUAGUUAUGACAUAACACAUUAUAAAAAUACACUAACCAUUCACCCAGUUAAUUAGUAAACACUCUCUUUUUAUUUAGCAUAAAAUACAUAUUGUAUAAAACAGAUUUUCACCCUUUGGAAAAACGAAUAUCAAUGUUCUGUUAGAAAAGUACAGCUUCACAGUACAUGUAAAAUAAUAGUUUAAAAAAAGGUUUGUGUUCAGACUUUGACACCACGAAUGACUUGAUGUCCAAUACUAAAACAAUGUCACUGAUCAGACCCUAUUUGAAUUUAUGGCUAGGCAACUGUUUUAAAUGUCACAUUGACUAAACAAUUUCCUGAAACUGAGCCAUGAUGUCACUUAUGGAAAAUGUUCUCCAAACAAAUAGGAAACAGUUUAAGUCAAAUUGAAAUGUUUACAUACAAAUAAUAAAUAAAGCUUUGCAGAGAAGCCAAUCCAGCAGAAGAGGAAAUACGAAGUAGACUGUCAAUAAAAAAUACUAAAACAUGACAGGAUUUAUAUAAAAAAGAAAUGUGCUGGAAUGUGAUGAGCAUGUGAGUGAGUAAUAGCUGCAGUUACUAAGGAACAGCUGCAAAGUCAAUGAAUCCCUCUGUUGGUCAUUUGGAUUAAGGGCCAGGGCAGGGAGAAGAGAGAGGAGCAGAGGCAACAGUAGUGCUUUCACAGCUCCACAGUGUUCACCAUGGCUACAGCCAAGAGACUUUCAACUAUCCACAAUGACUCUUCCUUCAUGUUCUUCUGUUUCUUUAUUCACUGUUCACCAAAACUAAAAUAACCUGCUGUGGAGGAGCAAGUCGGUACAGUCCAGAGAAGUGCUUCAGGCAGGUGCAACAGUGCAGCACUGGACGCAUUUAGCUGCACGCUAAUGGGCACAAAUGGAGUGCGGCAACACUGUGCAGCAGAGUAGUUAUUAAGCAUUACCAUAUUGAAAGAACAAAAAAGACUUUGAGCUUCCUGGAAAACUGUCAAAUGAGUACAUUUAACAAUGGGCUUUUCAGAUACCUAGAAAUAUGCCUCCUGAGAAAUGCUAUUUUCAGCCUGCAGCUGUUUGUGCUUGAUUUGUUAUCUGGUUUUAUGCAAUAAUGGAGAAACAUCUAAUUAAAUGUAACUGAUAUUUAUAUAAAUGAUUGAUAAUA